CGCCAUAAAAGCCAGAAGAAGAAGAAGAAGAAGAAGAAGAACGCAGCUACUCUGCCUGAGCCAAAACAACAAAAAAAAAAGGGCAGAGCAGCAGUCGUUCAACAGAUGGUCGCCCCAGUCCCAGACAACAGCUAUGGGUCGGUCCAGAGUUUGUUGGGAGACGGUGGUCCAUCCACACUAGCGGUUCUGGAUGGCGUGGCCGGUCCAGUUUCUCUUCCGGGGCCUUCGCACCGUUGGACUGGUUCUGCUCUACUAUGUCUUCUCCAUAGGCAUCACCUUCUAUAACAAAUGGCUGAUGAAGGGCUUCCACUACCCGCUCUUCAUGACGCUGGUCCAUCUUGCCAUCAUCUUCUGCCUGUCGACUGUGACGCGGCGGGCCAUGCAGUGCUGGACAGGGAAGCCCCGCAUCAUUCUCAGCUGGGACGACUACCUCCGUAAAGUGGCUCCAACAGCCUUGGCCACUGCCCUGGAUAUUGGACUCUCCAACUGGAGCUUCCUCUUCAUCACCAUUAGUCUGUACACCAUGACCAAGUCCUCAGCGGUGCUGUUCAUCCUCUUCUUCUCCCUCGUCUUCAAACUGGAGGAGCCGAAUCCCUUCCUGAUCCUUGUGGUCCUGCUGAUCUCCAGCGGUCUCUUCAUGUUUACCUUCGAGUCGACGCAGUUCAACAUGGAGGGCUUCAUCAUGGUGCUGCUGGCUUCCUUCAUCGGGGGAAUCCGCUGGACCCUCACCCAGGUCCUGAUGCAGAAAGCAGAGCUGGGCCUCCAGAAUCCCAUCGACGCCAUGUACCACCUCCAGCCUCUCAUGUUUAUUGGCCUUUUCCCCCUUUUCCUCUAUAAUGAAGCGCUGAGCCUGAGCGCGUCGGAGAAGUUAUUCCGGGUGACGGAGCUCUCUCCCCUCCUCUAUUCCCUCAUGACGCUGAGUGUAGGCGGCGCUCUGGCCUUCGGGUUGGGCUUUUCUGAGUUUCUCCUCGUCUCCAGAACCUCCAGCCUCACAUUGUCUAUAUCAGGAAUCUUUAAGGAGGUGUGUACGCUGCUUUUGGCGGCAUCUCUGAUGGGGGACAGAAUGAGCAAACUGAACUGGCUGGGGUUCGCAGUGUGUCUCUGUGGGAUUUCAUUACAUGUGGGACUCAAAGCAUUCUAUUCCAAAAAUAAGACUCCUUCUGUCCGACAGCUCGGCAGUAAGAGUUCAGAGCUUCAGCUGCCAUUACUUCGGCAGAACGGAGAGAAAUGCGAGGAUUCGGCUGCCGAUGACUUUAACGAUGAAGAGGAGGAGCAGGAAAUCUGCCUACACUGACCAGACGGCACCUUUGGUCAGAGAAGCUCUUCCAUCUUCCUUGGUUCAGCCUUCUUUCAUCAGAAGGGCUCUGGUUUGACACAGACGGCCUUUUUGCUAGUUUUUUUUGUUUUUGUUGUUCAGCUAGACUUUCACUGCGGACUUUGAACUUAACACAAUUUAAUAUUUCUUUAUUAAAGUCUUGAUAUUUUGACAUAUCAAGUAUUUACAAUUUAUACCAUGGAGAUGAAUGGUGGUAUAUGUUUAGAGCAACACUCUGACACAUGAAGGGGUGGAGACGUUGUUUCACUUAUCCAUCAGCCACACCGGGGAGAGAUCCUGUUCGCAUGUCAUGAAGAAAGAUAAUGUAGGUAUUUUUUCUUUGUCCAAGUUGGACAAGAUGAACAUUUUCACAGGAGCACACAAUUAUUUAUUUUAUCAGAGAAAUGCAUUGAAGCUCAAUGGCAUAUAACUCAAAAUAUUAUUUCAUAGUGUUUAUCAUAAUACUGGGUAUUGGUUGAAUUUUGGCACUUUGACUAAGAUCUAAAACAUUCCUUAAUUGCCUUUAAAUUGCAGGGGCGGUUUCAUGUUGAACAGGAUACUAACAUUAUCCAGUCUUUUUAAAUAUGAUUCAAAGCCAUGUGCCUUACUAAAAACAGAUGGACUAUUUUCAAUAAUGAAAGUCUGUUGAUGAAUUGCUUUAAAGCUAUUUAUGAAAAGGUCUUGACUUGUGUAUGAUUUUCAGUAAAAGAGUCUAACGCUGCAACGCUUUGAUAAAUACUGUAAAAAUGUGGAAAAUGUCUUUUAGUUUUUAAUAAAUUUGUUUCAGCUACGUUA